AUGUACUGCAGAUAUUUUGUCCUCAUCUGUGCGUGGCUUUUUCUUCCAACUCAAAGAAAGUGCACCCUGGGCCAUAAAUCGGACACACACAGCAGUGACACGUUAUCACUCCCUGGAUUUGAGAACCUCACAGAGGGCUACAACAAAUAUCUCAGGCCAUACUUUGGUGGGAAACCUGUUCAAAUAGCACUGAGCCUGGAUGUUGCAAGUAUUUCAAGUAUAUCUGAGAGUGACAUGGACUACACUGCUACAAUAUACCUGCGGCAGCGCUGGACGGACCCCCGCCUGGUUUUUCAUGGCAACAAGAGCUUCACUUUGGAUGCUCGUCUAGUGGAAUUGCUCUGGGUGCCAGACACAUAUAUUGUGGAGUCUAAACGGUCUUUCCUGCAUGACGUUACCGUGGGGAAUCGUCUUAUAAGAUUAUUCUCCAAUGGCACUGUCUUGUAUGCAUUAAGAAUCACUACUACUGUUGCAUGUAACAUGGACCUGUCAAAAUAUCCCAUGGACACACAGAUGUGUAAACUGCAGCUGGAAAGCUGGGGAUAUGAUGGAAACGACAUAGUGUUCACUUGGUUUAGGGGAAACGAUUCAGUCCAUGGCCUGGAAAAACUGCGUCUCUCCCAGUACACUGUGGAACGUUAUUACACUCUGGUCACGAGAUCCCAGCAGGAAACAGGCAACUACCCGAGACUGAUACUGCACUUUGAGCUGCGAAGAAAUAUCCUGUACUUCAUUUUGGAGACCUAUGUUCCUUCCACGCUGCUCGUUAUCUUGUCCUGGGUUUCUUUUUGGAUCACCCUGGAUUCAGUUCCUGCAAGAACCUGCAUUGGAGUAACAACUGUGCUGUCGAUGACAACUCUGAUGAUUGGCUCCCGGACCUCGCUGCCUAAAACCAACUGCUUCAUAAAGGCCAUUGACGUUUAUCUUGGCAUCUGCUUCAGUUUCAUUUUUGGUGCCCUGCUGGAAUAUGCAAUUGCUCACUACAGCUCAUCACAAAAACAUGCAGCUAAAGAGCCUCAAAAGGGGCCUACCAAAGAAACUGAAGAUGUCCACAUCACGAACAUCCUCAAUAGCUCCAUCACCAGUUAUAAGCAGAAAAUAAGUUUAGCUAGCACUGAGAUUUCCAGCGAUAACGUCAACUAUUGUGACCUGACCAUGAAAACCCAUGACAAAAUUAGGUUUGUGUUGAGAAACAAAAUGCACAGCAUCAUAAGCUAUUUCACAAUUCAGAAUCCCAGCAAUGUUGACCAUUACUCAAAGUUACUUUUUCCUUUGUUUUUCAUGCUAGUCAAUGUAUUUUACUGGGCUUACUAUCUGUAUUUUUAG